GGGCAUAUCAUAUCCAAAUGCAGGUCCGCGAACUGGCGUCUCUGGGACACCUUUGCUCAUCCUACUCCACAUCCCUUCUUCCACCCCCCACCCCCUUCUCUACACACAACCAAAGUUUUUGCCCAUGCGGGUUUUGGCCUCUGCCCAUGCCGCAAGGCAUGCGCUUUUCCUUAUUGUCAUCCUACUUGGCACACUUUUGCCAAGUGUAUUGUCCCUUUCAAGUACAUCGCCAUCCCCACUAUCAUCUCUAACUUUAUCAAGUCUCGCCAGGAGACAGGUCGGCCUUGAAGCGCCUCAGGACCCCCCAAGUUACACCUGCGUUGUCAUCGGAGAGUGCAAUGCUUGCAGCGUUUUACAAAUUCAAACGGAAGAGUCAUGCAAAGAAACCCACAACCGACAGAGGAUAGAUUGCAAGUACGACGAUCCCAAGAAUGACGAGAACGAGGAGCUUAAGAUCCGACUGCCAACCUAUCGGUCUUGUCUUCGUGUUAAAGCUGCGGAGGCGAGAAGAUUCGCGCACUUCUUUUCAACGAACGUUUGCCUGGCGAUAUUUUCUGGCGUUCUCAUGGUGUGGAGAAAGCAGAAACUCGCAGCCGCUCAAUACAGACGCAUGGCCAGGAGGAUAGGCAUCGUAUAGUUGCCAUGGAUAAAUCGACAUAGACCGCCAACAACGCCACUACAGUUUUUUCCGUAUGAUUUGCUUGUAAUGACAUAUCACGAACAUAGCAACAAUGACUCAAUUAUCAGUUUAGAGAGUUUUAU